ACAGCAGCUUUGUGGUGGGGCAGGAGAGGGGGAAGGAGAAGGAGGAGAGGGAGGCAGAGGGGGGAGGAGGAUGAUGCGAGAGAGGAGGAGGAGGAGGAGGAGGAGGAGGAGGAGGAGGAGGAGGAGGAGGAGGAGGAGGAGGAGGAGGAGGAGGAGGAGGAGGAGGAGGAGGAGGAGGAGGAGGAGGAGGAGGAGAACCCCGCGGAGCCAGACCCGUUCCCUGAGAGAGAGAUUUGUCGCGGUGCUGCAGCAGAGGCAGACAAGCUGCAUGAGCCUGAGAAAACUGCGCAGCAUGCUUGGGGGUCCACCCUGUUAACGUAGAAACGAAUGAUUACUAGAGGUGGAAACCUAGAACAAAUACUAGUUGGUUGUACUCACUAGAAGCUUACCU